AUGCGUACUUCUAACCAGACAGCCGCCAGUCUCCUUCGCCGCUCUGGGAUAGCUCCGCCAGAGCCAAUACCGGGUCUCACUCAACGACCGGCUCUUGCUCUGCGGCCCAUUCAGCUCAGUGACAGCGAUGAAGCACGAUCAUUGCUUGUCCAGCAACGUAUCAUUGAGCCUGGCUACAGGCCACCCGAGCUACGACUCCGCAAUCGUUUCAAGUCAAAACGUCGUCGAGCAGAAUUGUCGGAUCACUCCAACUGGAAGUUUGACGAGUACGAAGUUGCGGAAGCACUCGAUACAUUACUGAGUAGUACGCCGCUCCCACGGUCUGGUACUGUCCAGGAGCUCCUGUCCCAUGCGUCUCCCACCAGCUCCUUGGAUGGUCUCUAUUGCAAACUCCAUCGAAAGAGAGGUAAACGGCAUCCGCGCUUUCUGAGAAGCAAAGACACACCCAACAACACCCCGAUGACGUGGCUCGACACAGCUACCUGCGAGGAUCGAUCAGACUACGUCCUUCUGUUAUGCCAAGCGCGAGUAGCACAGUCCACGCUUGACCGGGCUCUCGGCAUUGCUCUAAUGGGCUCUUCAAUCGACGUGAUCGAGGUGCUGCUAAGCUAUGGAGCAGUUGCGUCUGCCUUCAGAUACCAGAUCCGCGAAAGGUUCAGGCAGGACGACGUUCCCUUAGCUAGACUGUUACUCUCAGCACCCAAAGCCAUGGACACUGAUGCCUGGCGAUUUUGUAUUGACCCAGGGUCCGAACGUUACCCCCUUGGGGUUCUGAUCGUAUGCGUCACUCACCGCUCGGAUAUCAGCUGUACAGAGCUGAUUUUGCAAGCUCUGAGGUCCCACGACGUACUGAGCACAGCUGUUAUACUCGCCUGGGCUCAACCGGGUGAAGAUUUAAGCGGCUUGUGCCAUGCUGCAUGCCAAAUUGUGUCAGCACUCGAAGACCAUGCGAUGAGGCUUGACAUGCUCGCCAUGCUUGCCGAUGCUGGACUGGUCACGGACAGUCUCAUACUCCGCAAUGAGCUACUGAGAGACGUGAAGCUACGACACAUGCCACUUAUAUCACUCUUGACUGACGCCGGCGUCAAUCUGAACUACCAGCCGGAUAGCGCCUUAUAUUGGGCCGUGUCACACCUAGACUUCGAGAUCUUGGGAAUACUAAUGCGCGGCGUGAUAACAUCGCGAGUUUCGCGAGCAUUAGAGAUCGUGCCUGACGAGACUUCAGCGGCGGACAUCCUGCAACUUCUGAGUCUUCUCGCUCCCAGGAGCCUCAGUACGAAAGACCUGGACCCCUAUCUGGUUCGUGCUGUUCCGAAAGGGUCUCCAAAUCUAGUCAGCGUGUUGAUCUCCUACGGCGCAUCGGUGGAGCACGACAGGGCUGCGGCGAUUCGUAGCGCAUUAAGGACCGUCAAAUUGGAAAUUCUCGACGUCCUACUCCAGCAAAAAUGCUCCUCUGACGUCCUGUUGGCUGCCAUACCCGAUGCAAUCAACAUCAUGCCGAAGCGCGACAGACUGAACGCGGUCAAAGCUCUUCUUCAGAAAGGCGUGCCGCACCAAGGUCUUGGCUUCGCGCUACAGACACUUGUGUCCGAAGAGGGCGACAUGGAUGUCGAUCUCAUUCGGGUUCUCCUCCAGUACGGAGCGCCUGUAGAUGGCUCGAGCAUCGGCGCUGACAGUCCUGUAGUUGUGGCCGCUCGUAGAGGCAACUUAACGGUGCUUCGCAUGCUCUGCAAGGCGUCUCCUCGAUGUGAGACUCUAUCCGAAGCUGUACCCAUCGCAUAUGGUGCGAUGGCCUACUGCGAUGAACCUGUAGGGUUGGCAAUGAUAAGGGUACUUCUCGAGAAUGGGGCAAGCGGCGCAUAUGUCCACCAGACACUGCUUGCAGCCGUCAGGCACGACCAUCAGUUGGAUAGCGUGCGCCUUCUGCUGGAGUACGGCGCGGAUGCGAACGAGGCCAUGGGUGCUCCCUUUGCAGUCGCGCUACAGAAUGCGAAUUUUGAGAUGCUUCAAAUCUUGUGCGCCAAAUCCGCACCGAGCCACCUGAACCUACAGACGCUAUUGGCUCGGGCAGUCGAGCCAUCAACCUUCCGUAUGGAGGUCCUGGACACCUUGCUUGGCUUCACUACGUCGCCAGCUGCUGCUUUGAACUCGUUUUUGAAUACUGGGGGCUUUGAAGGUAACCCUAACACAGUUGCCAUCCUACUAUGCUUCCUUCAACACGGCCUUGAUGUAGAUAUCGGAGAUGGAUGGUUGUUCCGCUUCGCCGUCCGAGACCAGCACGUAGCCUUGCUCCGUAGGUUGCUCUCCGCGAAACCCAGCCAGGCUUCACUGUCCGCCGCCUUCGACUCCACAGCUAGUGUACGGGGCAGAAGUGUUCAACUCCUAUCCAUGAGUCUUCUUCUCGAACAAGCAGAGUCUGCUGAGAUCGGACAAUCUACGGCCUUACUGAGGGAGAUUGAAGCUUCUGUGGCUGGUGACAUGGAGGGACUCAAGCUCCUUCUGCUUUUGGUCCAGCUGUUGCGUUCUAAGCCCGAAAGCCUUUCUAUUCACAAGGCUUGUCUCGCGGCUGCAUCAUCCUGCGUCUCGGCGAAGCAGAGGGACCGUGUCUUAAAGCACCUCAUUCUGGCUAACGGUGGCGUUGUGGGAGCAGCUGCCUCAAAGCUACUGGCAGACUCUGUCGCCAAUUUUCCGGAGAGUCCACGGUUGUCAGAGAUGCUCUUGGAGCGAGGCAUCAGACCAGAUCUUGCGACUCUCAAGAGGGCGAUAGAGGUGUCACCCCGCCAUCUUUUCGAAAUAUUGGCAAGCACUAUGAAUCGUCCGAGUUCCAAUAAUACACGUAGAGCACUUUUCGCGCAUGCUCGAGUGACUGCUGCGGAGCCAGCUCGGAGAGCAUGGAUCUACCAGUGCUUGUUAGACGCAGACAUACCCAAUGACGAUCUUUCACAGGCCCUCAUUGAGCAUCUGGAGACGGGUAACCUCGGCGACUUGUCCGUUGUGAAACUGCUGCUACAGAGUGGCGCUGAUGUUGGAUACAAUCGAGUAGAAGCGUUGCGACUCGCGCAGUCUGGCAAGUUUGUCAGAGCCUUUCAGCUCAUGAGUCAAUACGUGGUCGAUGAUACCGUGGCUACGGCUGCAUUCAAUCUUGCGCGCCAGCUUGCUGUGGAUCACCCGGGACAGCGACUAAAUCUUUAUCGGCGCCUUUUGCGACCUAACGUCGGUAUCCUGUCGAUAUACAACGCCUUGUUAGACAGUCUUAAGGACGUUCGUCAAGACCUCCCAGUGGUACAGCUUCUUCUCGCCAGGGGUGCCGACCCGAACGAUGACAAGGCGCGCUGCUUCGUCUUGGCUUCAACGUCAGGCGCAGAGGCCAAGUUCCGAGCACUGAGUGGACGGGCGAGGUUGAACACCGUACUUUCGGCGCUUUUUGCCAACUUCUCAGCCGAGCACGAUGUGGCGCGAUGGUUCAAGAUAUGUCUCGAAGAACAGCCUCAUGCAGGCCAGGCUCUCCAAGACAACCUACUGUUCCGCUGUCUCCGCCAAUACCCCAACGGGACUCUGCUGCUAAAAGUCCUCCUCGAGCAUGGCGUCUCCCCUUCAGCAAUGGUCACUGAUGACAUCAACGGCGAGCCAGAAACAUGUACAGCCUUGAUCUGGAGCCUCUUCGCGAAGCCAAGAAUUGGAAACGAUGCCAUCCUCGCUAUUGUUGCGAGAGGAGAGGGAGCACUGCCUGCCUACUGCACGCCGAAGUCCAAGGUAUCAGCAGCAUAUGGCUGCUUGCGGGACAACACCCGAUAUCCGGUCUUCAAGGCAUUGUAUGACUCCGACAGUGGUUCGAUUCUAUCUGAAAGGACACCCGAGUCCUCAUUCUCCGGGCCGGCCUCUUCAGCAAGCGGAGGUACUUGUGACUCGGAGCAGUCCAGUGUCCCCGGCGGGCUCGACUUGCGCUCAGCCGCGAUGCAACUGGGUAACAUUGACGUCUUCCGGCUUUUGGACGCCGGUAAUUCGCCAGACGACGGUUCGCUCCACACCGCAGCCUUCUACGCACUGCCAGAAUUCGUUGAAUGGCUGGUCCGAACCCACGAUCCAGACCUUGCAAUAGAAGAGUUUGACUGGCUGAUCCCCCUCGCCAUAGUCUGCGAAGCAAAGACACCGGAGUGGUGUUAUAUGGCCAACGAGACGUCCGAUCUCAAUACGAGACGAGCAGAGACCAUGCAAAUCUUGGCUGCAAAGACUGAUCUCAGCUGGCGAUGGAAACGCAAGACUGUGCUGCAUUACGCACUCGAUUUCGGAGCUGAGACAACUAAGUCCAUGAUCAAAGCCUUGAGGUUUGUGCAGGGACCGGCAGGCUAUGAACAGCAUGUCUACACAGGCCGUGACGCGAAGACGUACUUACCUCACGAGUAUGUUACCAACAUCCUGACAUGCAGCGACGAGGAGAAGGCAAUUUUGAACGCCUGCCUCUCGUUACAUUGGCGGAGGUGACACCUUUCAGCUCCGAUCUCUGAAUGCUUUCGAGCGUCGUUCGCACACGCCCCCAUCACGGGCUCACGACUGGACCAGAGCUACUACCAGCGCCGGAUAGGCCUCGUUUGCAGCAGCACCUUGGAGCUCCGGCAAAUACUACGUUCACCAAAGAGCAUCGAUGCAGCGGUGAUACAAGCUACGCCAGCUGCUGCCUCAUGGGCUCCUCGCGCGAUCAAGCGAAUCAAGUGCGUAGGAUGGUCACGGCCUGGAGAGCUCCCACCAGGGAACUAGUUGCGCGAUUCUGACAACCAUCGGGCGCAAAUUG